AUGGAACUAGAAUAUGGCCUUACCCUUAGAAUUCCUGGCUUGGUAAAGCAGGAAACUAAAAGAUGUCUGCCUGGCCUUGCAGAUUGCUUAUCAACGGAUAUCAAGGCAAUUGUGAAUGGUCCUUUUGGCUGUACAGUGACAAUUGACCAGCACUUCGAUAUCGGAACCCUAGAAACUGUUGCCGAGUCUUGUAAAAAAAAUUCUGAACUUUUCCCAAAUCAAAUUCUUUCAAAAAACUCAUCUCUGAAAUUUUCAUAUCGGUUUCCUACUAGCCCUUCAAAAAUAGUCACAGGCUUUAAAGCUGUAAUCGGGGGAGACCGUGUUAUUGAAUGCCGUUUUAAAAACAUUAAGCAAAUACCAUUUAUUGUUGACAAAAGUAAUGUCAACGAUUCCCCAAUUGAAGGUCAUACAAUUGACAACUUGGAAGAAGAUUUUGAAGUGGACUUAAAAAUCCAUUGGAUACCAACUUACUUUUCCAGCCCAUAUGUUUCCUAA